AGAGCCAUCUAUCGCAUCGCCAUCUUGAAGUUCCAUUCUAGUCACCCGGUACUGUCAAGAUUUACACCCUUUUAGUCCACCAUGAUGUCCCUGCGAAACCUCGCUCGCAGCGCCCCGCGGUCUGCUGCUCGUUUCUCCACCAAAGCCGUCCGCCCGCAGUCGUCGCUGCGACAGACGUCAGCUUUCCAGCCAGCAUGGGCUGCCCCAAUUCCCCGCCUCACAGCUUCUUUCCACAUGUCAGCGGCGCGGAGGCAAGACAGCGGUAUCAAUGAAGAGCUCGUCGCAAAGAUUCAGAGCGAGAUCUCCAUGGAGGAGGGCAUGAAGGAGGACGAGGAUCUCUCGGCGAACAUCAAGGAGUACCUUGAGAACAGCCCCUUUGAGAUUGAAGACAAGGCAGGCAACCAGGAAGUCGUCCUAACCCGCACAUACAACGACGAGAAGAUCCAAAUCACCUUCACCACCGCCGACCUCAACAACAACCAGCCCGGCGAUGAGCUUACUGAGGACAAUGCCAUGUACGAUGAUGCCGACAUGGAUGUACAGUCUGGCGGCGCCAACACCAAGGGUGCCAUCAACCAAGGCACCACACAAGACGGAAACAUUCGCGUAGCUCCCGAGGACCGUGUUGCUCCUGCUGAUCGCGAGGAACUGGAGGACGACUACGAGGAUGAUGGCCAACAGCAAGGCUUCCCCGCUCACGCUAGCAUUCGCAUCGAGCGUCCCGGCAAGGGUGCUCUCGCUAUUGAGGCCACCGCCCAGGACGGCGACUUCCUCAUCGAGGACCUCUACUACUUCCCUACCGCCGAUCUGGCUGACCCCGCCACUGCCGAGAAGGACUGGUCAAGACGAGCUCUCUACACUGGCCCUCCUUUCAACAACCUAGACGAGGACCUCCAGAUCCUCCUUGAGAAGUAUCUUGAGGAGCGUGGCAUCAACACCCGUCUUGCCCUGUUCAUCCCCGACUACAUUGACCACAAGGAGCAGAAGGAGUAUAUUCAGUGGCUCAACAACAUUAAGAACUUCGUUGCCUAAGCUCGAACCGAAUCGGACAGCAUUGCCAACGUUUGAAACCCGGCUCAGACAAUACAAACCGACGCUUUGCCGGUGCUUUCACGAAUUAACAAAAAGCUCUCAUGUAUAAACAUAUAACGCAUCUCUAUAAUUGAGCGACUCGGGGGCGUUAGCGGAAGUGUAAAAUAGCUGGUGAGAUUGCUCUUCAUACACCGUUCUCUGACAUGUGCAACUCUAUCUUGCAAGCAUUCAGAGAACGCGAAAGGGACGAUCGGAAUACUAGGUAGCUCGAGGUACCACCUCAUAUGGAUUGUCUCAGUCCGUAAUCUACGAGAAUCACGACUUAGGUAUCAUCGAAUGCCAAACAAACGCAUAUAGCGCUUUUCCACUCAUC